UAGGGUGUCCGAGAUGGAAAAUGGGACAUGUGAUGAGGUGGAGGUGCUGUGGGAGAAGGUGGAUUGCAAACGUUACGAACUGUGUCGCACCAUCUCCCCGGCGAAGCUCACCCCCUACCUGCGGCAGUGCAAAGUCCUGGACGAGCAGGACGAGGAUGAGAUCCUCAACUCCAUGCUGCUGGUCUCCAAAGCAAACCGCACAAGCCGUCUACUUGACAUCCUCCACACUAAAGGAGAGCGGGGGUAUGUGGCGUUUCUGGAAAGUCUUGAAUUUUACUACCCUGACCUGUACAAGCUGGUCACAGGGAAGGAUCCCACAAGACGCUUCUCCACCAUCGUAG